AUGACGCACACUCAGUCUCUCUCCGAUGAAGAGGCCAUCCGGCCCGACGAGCAGACGCCGCUUCUCGGCAAUGGAGCAGGCCAAGGAGAUGGCUCGGUCUCCGAAACCCAUCGGGUGGAGCCCCGAAUCGCACGCCGGCUCUACCUAUCGCACUUCCUCUCGACUUGGAAUUCUCGGAUGUUCGAGUUCGGCGCCGUGCUGUACCUGGCGACCAUAUUUCCAGGUACACUUCUGCCCAUGUCGCUUUAUGCUCUUGCCAGGGGAUUAUCGGCUCUCGUCUUCGCGCCUACAGUUGGACAGUACAUUGAUAACAAUGACCGGUUGAAAGUUGUCCGCGCAUCCAUUGGUGAGUCUCGGCGCAUGUAG